AUGCCUACAGCGAUCCAGCGAGCGCUCAAGGAAGCACUUGUCACACUGGAGGAUUUGGAUGGCAUUGCGUUCACGAGGGGUCCAGGGAUGAUGGGCUGUUUGAGCGUCGCUUGUCACUCGGCCAAAGCGCUCGGUGCUGCAACAGCCAAACCGUUGAUUGGGGUGCAUCAUAUGGUACGUCGCAUUGGCACUGCUUGGCUCUCAGUAAAACUUCAUCAGGCUUACAAGCAAAUAUACUAAGCUUUGUCUUUGUCUACUUUGCACAGCAAGCCCAUGCUCUGACCCCUUUCUUGACCUCGGCGAUCCCACCCAAGUUCCCUUUCCUCACGCUCCUACUUUCCGGUGGGCACACACUUUUGUUGUUCGCAUCUUCGGAAACCGAGUUCAAGAUUUUGGCAACCACGCAUGACGAGUCGAUCGGGUAG